ACACAGACAGCCCCUGCAUGCAGACACAGCACUGCGCAGCGCCUGGGCACUCACAGGUUCUCACACGGGACUGUGCUCGCACUCAGCCACCCGGCACACACUCACACCCACGCAGACACAGCCCUGCGUGCAUCACCGCACAGACACGCGGAGCGCUCCGGACGUGCGCACACACACACGCUCAUCCCUGGGCAGACACGGGCCGCGGCCCCGCCCCGCACACGCGGAUCCAGACGUUCACCGUCCCGCCCCCGCGCGGACCCGGCUGUGCUGGACGCAGCCCCGCACCCGGCCGCCCCCUCCCCCGCCGCUCCCCGCACCCACCGGGGGCGGACGCGCCGCCCCGCGCCCUCCUCUCCGCGCAAUCCCGGUGCGCACAGCGGGGCCGGUACCGGGCACCGCACACCGCUAACGGGCACCGGCACAGCAGGUAACAGGGGCGGACCCCGGGGAGGGACCCCCGCCCCGCUGUCGCCGCACCGAGACCGGCGCAGAGGGAAGGGACGCGGCACCACAGCACCGGUGAGAGAAGAUGGAGCUGCCGUGAGCCCUGCGUGCCAUGGAGGAGGUGACGGAGCUGCAGACCGGGGGGAACUCCCUCCUGAAGGCAGUGUGGCUGGGCCGGCUGCGGCUCACCCGGCUGCUGCUGGAGGGGGGGGCCUACAUCAAUGAGAGCAAUGAGAAGGGGGAGACGGCGCUGAUGGUGGCCUGCAUCACCACACACGUGGACCAGCAGAGUGUCAGCAAGGCAAAGAUGGUUAAAUAUCUAUUGGAAAACAAGGCAGAUCCAAACAUCCAGGACAAAUCUGGGAAGACAGCCUUGAUGCACGCCUGCAUCCGUGGCGCGGGCGGUGAGGUGGUGACCCUGCUGCUGGACAAUGGGGCCGACCCCAGCCUGGAGGACCACUCCGGGGCCUCUGCACUGGUGCACGCCAUCAACGCCGACGACAAGGACGUUCUGCAGCACCUCCUGAACGCCUGCAGAGCCAAAGGGAAGGAGGUGAUCAUCAUCACCAUGGACAAGUCAGCCACUGGCACCAAGGCCACCAAGCAGUACCUGAACAUGCCCCCCUUGCUGGACUUCAAGGAGAGGGUCCCCUCUGAGGCGAGCACCACGGCACUGAAGACAGCCGCCCCGUGUCCCCAGCACACCGAGCAGGAGGUGCCCCCCGGGGACGGCCCCCCCACCAAGGCCACCCCAGAGCCACCCUCCCCAGGCUGGAGGGGUGGCACCACCACCAAGAGGGCACGGCUGCCACAGCUGAAACGGCUGCAAUCGGAGCCGUGGGGGCUGGUCGCACCGUCAGUGCUGGCCGCGCACCACGAGGAGCAGCGGGUGCGCACGGACGAUGAGCUGGUCAGCAGCAUCGGGGAGCUCGCGCUGUGCAGGAAGGGUCCCCUCACCCGCAGCAAGGACGCUUCCCUCUUCCCUCUGGUGGACGAGCAGGCUCUGCGCACGCCGCCAGCCCCCGGAUCCGGCUGCAGGAAGGGGUUCGAGAAGGGCCCCCAGCGCCUGCCCCGCAGGAGCACGGUGCCGGAGCCGCCGGAGAGCAGCGAGGUGAUGGAGACCCUGCACUGGAGGCGGAUGAGCGCCGAGCACCACGACAGUGACACCGUCAUGGCCGAGCUGGGGAAGGUGGCCGCAGAGAGGAGGAAGCUGAGCGGCUCUCACCUGGCUCUGCUGGGCGGUUCACGGGAGGCUCUGGAUGGAGCCCCCAGUACCUCGCCCGCCGCUGCCCGCCGCCCGCCCAACCUGCUGGAACGGCGCGGCUCCGGCACGUUGCUGCUGGACCACAUCGCUCACACCCGGCCCGGCUACCUGCCCCCCCUCAACGUCAACCCCAGCCCCCCUAUCCCUGACAUCGGAGCCAGCAGCAAGGCCCCCUCCCCGCUGGCCGCCAGCUUCAGGGCCCUGGUGCCGGUCGCGCCCAGCUCCCCCAAGCGGGGUGACCUGAGAACCAAAAAGAAGCUCCUCCGGAGGCACUCCAUGCAGCUGGAGCAGAUGAGGCAGCUCUCUGAUUUUGAGGAAAUCGUGGCACAGUAGUUCGGUGGUUCGGAGUGGGGUGGUGCUGCACUGGGAAGUGCUGGCGGCCCCCGGCGCACUGCCCCAUGCACGGGAGCGGAGCAGGGGGUGCUGCGCCCAUUUCCCAGUGCUGGGGGGACAGCAGGUGGCAGCGGGCACAGAACUGAGUGCAUGGAGCCCUGCCGUGCCAGCUGCUUUUGGACUAUUCCCCCUGCAAGCACUUCUCUGAGAAAUCCAAUCCCAGCACGUUGAGGUAGAGCCGGGCGUCACACAAAGGCUCCUGGCUGCGGAGUGUUUGUUCCUGGUUAUUUACGAUCCGGUUUUCAUCCCUCCCACUCAUCCUAAUGCAGAAAGCGGGCUGGGAGCCCCACGCCGGGGAGUCGGGGGCUGAUGUGUGUGUGAAGUGCCUACCGGGAAGGAGCUCAACGCUGCGAGAGCCUGGAGAGCAGAAAUAACCCUCCUUAGCAAUUGAAUGUAUUUAUACCCUCACUGUGCUGCAGAAGCGAGACAGUGCUCCGAGGUUCUGUGAUUCCCUUUCCAAGCACUUUGCAACACAGCGCCGGAUCCGCGGCUGGUGCAGGAGGGGGGCCGUGCACAGAGCCGGGUUUGGCGCACCGUGCCCGUGGGGGGGCGGCUGCCCGGCCCCACUGCGCUGUGGGACCCGAGGAUGCUGCACUGCGGCUCCGCCUGCACGGGAGCGCUCUCUGGAAAUGCGUUUUCAAUUGAAAUGUGUUGUUUAGAGUAAAGCUGGGCUUAUAUUUUUACAGCC